ACUGAACCUUUCAGAGCGCUCGCGGUUCGUGAAUCCGAUUCGAAAUCGAAAAUCGAUUCGUUCGCAAAUCGAGCAGGCGCGUGCACGUGGAGAACCGCGCAAAACGUAAACAAGGAUUUUGGGAUUCGUAGCAUUCCCCACAUUUAGCCAACAUGUCAGGCUAGAUUUUGAGGGCACAAUGUAUAGCGUCCACAAAAGUGACAUAUAUUCAGUUUGUUGACGCCAAUACGGGACUUUUAUCUUCAGCACGAACGCAGUAAUAACCUGAACAGGGUCAGGCGCACAAUGGAAGGGAUUACUGAAACCUGAAUGACUUUCCACACAAAGGCACGUGUGUACAGAUGUAACCCGCCCUCCCCGAGCCUCUCCAAGAAUUUGAUCACAGUCUUUCCUCAUUAAACUGGGCUCAAACAUCGCCUUGGAUCGUGUCGUUAAACUUGACUCAAAUCACGAGCCUGGUGGUCGCAUAAAUGCCAGGAAUAAGUCAAUAUUAGGACGAUGAAGAGAGCAGCCGGUGAUCAGAAACCACCUUUGGCCCCAAAACCGAAGGUUCUCCCAGCACCGAUGCGAACCGAACAUCCACCUGCUUCAAAGCUGUGUGUUUACCAGCACACCCCUCCAGCUGUUAAAUGCAAAGUGAAGCCUGCUGUGGCGCCAAAACCAUGCAUAUCCAAACUCCCACCUCCUGCGAUCAAUCCCAGACGCCUCACGUCCAAGGUUGGCCAUCAAGCUGUUGUACAGCAAAAGUCAGACAUCACAAAGAGCGUCGGUGCUUUGAAUUUCAGAAAUGAAACUCACACCAGCCACAAGCCAGAGUGGGAUUACAUCAUUCCCAUCUGCGUAUGCAAUGACCGAAACUGCGCCGACUGCUCACCGAAGGAAAACAACCAAAAUGUUCGUCAACAAAGUCCUGAUAAGUAUAAGCCGAGCAGAACCGAAGGACCCGGAGAGAGCCUUUUAAAACCUCCCUUAAAAGCGCCACAAGAACAGAAGCAUUUAGUGACACCUGCUUUGUCGCGGUUGCACAGAUCAUCCAAUAAUAAUCAUUUCCAUCCAACUGAAAAACCUCAGAAAACCUCCCAGAACACAGAGCCUUUGAAGGCACCUCAGAGAGGUUCUGAGAUGCAAACGACUAGAAAACGCCAAAACAGCGUUAUCUCUAGUGCCAAGUCAUCUGCUGAUAGCGAUCCAGAUCCUCUAGAAUGUGAACGAGCCAUAAGUAGCACUCCAUAUUCUCCGUCCCCUACAAAGCCAACUAAAAAAGCACCACUAGUAGUCAUGCAGUGCAAAACUACGAAGGAGCGAUCCAGCAUUGUCCUUCAGGAGUCGGCAGGCCUCACCAAGAAAGAGUUUACUGUCUUACCUGUUGAUGUAAACGAUCCAGAUCCCUUACAGAGAGAAAAUCCAAAGGUUAACAUCAGUGCUGUAAGACAUUCUAGAGAGAACAAAGACCCUCAGGCCUCAAGGGCACCAACACCAGUCCCGCCACAGAAAACCCCUCGGAUCCAGCAAAAUAAAUCCCAGGAUGUUGGUGGACAGGGGGCUGGAAAGAAAGCACAGAGUCUGGAUGAAACCCCCAAGGUCGUUGAGAUCUUGGUAUCAAGCAACAAACACCUGCAGAAGACUCAAAAACCUCGACCUGAUAGCCACAGGCACGACAACAUUGGGGCUACAGAGCUUUCAGUAGAUAGGCUUCCUAAAAAGACGGCAGCAUCCAAGUCUCCACUGAGAAACAAUGGCCUUGUUGAAGGACAUCUCCCUCUUGCAGUUGAGAAGCAGCAAGCAAGUCAUGUGCCAAACAAGAAAACUCUCAAGCCGAAAUCCAAGUCCUUAUCUUCAGCAGACACUCAUAAACCCGAUGGCCUCAAGAAGACCUCUUUUCUUAGUAUCAUGGACCUUGACCCUGGUAAAAGAAUGCCUAAGCUAUCUGUAAAGAGCGGACAGGCUGUCGAUCCCGCUCCGGUGUUGAAUGAGCGGUCUUCUCAGAAACCCAUGCCUCUCCACAACGGACUCCCGGAUGGACUGCAUUUGAGGCGAAUGGUGAAUGGGAAAGUAUUAGAGGCUGAGCAGAGUGUCGAUGGAGAUAUCCAUGCAUAUGAAGAUAUCACAGAAUAUGAAAACCUCCCUCCUUUUAGCCCUGAAAAGGCACAGGAGGUCAAUAAACACCAAUACCAGUCUUCAAAAUAUGAGGAUGAUGGCAUUUAUGAAGUUCCCGAUGUGUUCCUAGAACGCUGCGUAGAUGACAAAGAGCAGCAGUUUCUUGAAAGAAACGCGUUGAAAGAAGAGCAAGAAGUGGACGAUUCAGAAGAAGAUGAAGGCAGCUCGGAAGACGAGGAUAACAGUGUCAACAGAGAAAAACAGACUAAAGUGAAGAAGACCAAGGUUGCACACAUUGUAAAUGAGAUCUCGUCUUCAGAGAAAAUCUUCGUGAAAGUGCUGAAGCUUCUGCAUGUAGACUUUCGUGACGCUGUACUGAAGGCCUCCUGUCAGGCGGGAAAACCCGUAGUCGACGAGCGAGUCUUGAACCAGAUCUUGUGUUAUUUGCCGCAGCUGUACGAGCUCAACUGUGAUCUGUUGAGAGAGCUGGAGGAACGGGUUGCUCACUGGAAUGAGCAUUGCAGUGUAGCAGACAUAUUUGUGAAGAAAGGCCCUUAUCUGAAAAUGUACUCCACUUAUAUUCGCGAGUUCGACAAGAAUGUGGCCCUUCUAGAAGAGCACUGCCGGAAAAACACAGCGUUUGCCAAAGCCGUGCGAGAGUUUGAGAGCCUUCCGUGCUGUGCAAACCUGGCGGUGAAACAUUACAUGCUGAAACCCAUCCAGAGGAUUCCACAGUAUCAGCUGCUCUUGACCAGUUACUUGAACAAUCUAGAUGAAGAAGCACUGGACUACAAAGAUGCAGAAGCUGCCCUGACAAUAGUAAAGGAGGUGGCUAAUCAUGCGAACGAAAUCGUAAGACACGAGGAUAACAGCCAGAAGCUCUACGAGGUUCAGUGCCGUCUGACUGGGAAUCAUGUGAUUGUCCAACCAGGAAGGGUUUUGCUAAAGGAAGGGAUCUUGAUGAAGCUCUCCAGGAAAGGGAUGCAGCCCCGAAUGUUCUUCUUAUUGAACGAUAGUCUUCUGUAUACCACGCCGGUAGCUGGUAACUUCAAACUAAACAACAUGCUAUCAUUGGCUGAAAUGAAGGUCACUAAACCUAGUCAGGAAGGGUAUCAGAAUGAGCUGAACAUUGAAAGUGUUGAACGGUCUUUUAUUUUAUCUGCCAGCUCUGCUGCGUGUCGAGACGAGUGGCUCCAGGCCAUUUCCACCGCAAUCGACGAUUACACCAAGAAAGAGACCACAUUCACCUCAGUUAGAAACCCUGAGAUGGCGACCCAAGAUGUUCCAGACAUCGGGGCCCAGCUGGGAUCCAAAGCCCCGAUAUGGAUCCCAGACCUGAGGACCACCAUGUGCAUGAUCUGCACCUGUGAGUUCACCCUCACCUGGAGACGCCACCAUUGCAGAGCCUGUGGAAAGGUUGUAUGUCAGGCCUGUUCGACUAACAAACAGCCGCUGAAGUAUCUGAAGAAUCACCUUGCGCGAGUUUGCGAUCUCUGCUUCUCAGCUCUGCAGCAAAAUAAUCCAGGUGACCAGGCCCCCGGUAACUCGCCUCUGUCACCUACUGGCAAGUCGCCCGGUGCCUUUCCCUUCAGAAAACAGAAGAAAAUACCAGCAGCCCUUAAAGAGGUUUCCGCGAACACCGACGGCUCCUCCAUGAGCGGCUAUAUGGAGCGGACGAAAGCCAACAGAAAACAGUGGAAACGCUUCUGGUUCGUCGUCAUGAACAAAGUCCUUUACACUUACGCUGCCAGUGAGGACGUGGCGGCUUUGGAAAGUCAGCCUCUUCUAGGAUUUUCCAUCCGGACGGAGAAACCCGAAUCUUCCUCGCAUUUUAAGCUUUAUCACAAAGACACUCUGUACUACGUCUUCAGAGCGAGUGACAGCCAGAUCUGUGACAGAUGGAUUGAAGCAAUCCAGGAAGCCACGGUUCUCUAACCCCGCGACGUUUCCGGAUCAGACCGAAGCGCGCAUACGUUAAAAUCGGUUAAAAUGAAGGCGAACCGCAUUCGUUUGUGCGGACGCUGCUGUGGAGUUACCCCCAAGUUGUUUUAAGCGUCGUGAAAUGAAUGUUUUAGUCACCAAACACUUCUCCAUAACAUGUCCAUAAUGCACUACAUGCUUUUACUAUGCUGUCAUAUUUAUGCUUUACAGAAAACACACGGUAACCAGUUAGUUGCACUUAAUAAAUGUAUUUUUAUACAAUUUCA